UUGUGGGCUACUCGGGUUGACCCGUCGCGCAUGUUUUUUGAUGCCGAAAACAAUUGGAUUGAAGGAUCUAACCGGUGAAGUCAGCCCGGUUGGGCUGUGAAUGGGCAAGAUACAGCCCUGGUUUUGGUUUUAUUUCAAUUGGCAGGGGUGGGGGCUAUCCCAGCUCCCGUAAGGCAAGAGAUGAUUGUGGAAGUGGAAAGAAAGUUUACAUGCAGUGGUGACACCUUGAAAACACUGGAGGAGAUUGGGGUUUGUGUGGGGCAGCGGCAGUUUCUUGACCAGUAUUUUGACACUCCUGAGUUUGAGCUGACUUUGAGAGACUUGUGGCUGCGUAAACGAAAAGAAUGCUGGGAGCUCAAGUGCCCAGCAGAGAUGGUCACGGGGACAGAAGAGCCGAGUGGAGAACAGUCUCUAUGCACACGCUACAAGGAGAUAACAAAUCUGCCUGAAAUUUACAUGAAAGUCAAAGAGGUCAUAAAAGAGGGCUGCAAGGACGGAGAGUCAGGCCCCUCACUGGAUGAUGAUUCCUGGCUGCGGAAACUGAAUCUGGUUUGCUUUGCAGAGUAUACAACGGUGCGGCAGUCUUUCACUUUAGGGGAAGAGGGAUUGCAGAUCGAUCUGGACCAAGCUGACUUUGGCUAUAACGUGGGGGAAAUAGAGGUCCUCAUACCCGAGGGAGGAGAUGUUCAGUCUGCACAGGAGAAGAUCAGAAAUGCUGCUCAAAAGCUGGGUCUCACUGGAGAUGAACAAGUUGAAGGAAAAAUGCACGUUUACCUUAAAAGAUAUCACCCAGAGCACUAUGCAAAACUACUGAGUGCACAUAUUUUGUAAGAGACGUUAUACUUUAUUAGUGAUGCUAGCAGUUUUCAGCUGUACUUAAACAAAUAAAACUGAGGUUUUAUUUAUCAGACUAACUAAAUUAAUUAAACAUGGUUAGCUGCAGUUGUAAAAAUUCUCCAUCCUGCUUCUCAAAAGCUGUUUUAAACUUUACAACCUUGACAGUUUUGCAUGCUGUGAUUUUUGUCACUGCUGUCAUUGUUACUUGAACUUUUUUGUUCUGAGUUGCACAGAGUUAUGAGUUAUUUGUGUGAAAACGAUUCCUUCUACUAAUUUACUAGAGGGGUAAUGGGAAUGCAACAUGCUAAUUCUCACUAGGGGCGCCACACUCAGGGCUGCAAGAGUGAGCUCAGCUUUUUUCUUACAAAAACACACAUUUUCCAAGUAUGUUUGUUUAUUUGAUAUGAACGGAAGUAAUGGUGUUAAAUUAACAUGUGAUAUUGUCUCAUUACAAUCGCUGGCUUCUGAACUGAAUCAAAUCUAAAUUGUAUAGUGACAGAAUUUGUGAUAUAGACAAAUAUUGAAUGGGUAAUUUGUCUCCUUAUCAAACUAAUAAUUAUACUCCUAAUUAGUUGUACAUGUACAAAGAUCUAACUCCCUCAGAGUGAAAUGUAACCUUGUUAAUGCACACGCUUGUUCAAUUUCAUAUUAAAAUGUCAUAGCAACA